GAUAACUGAAACUUAUCAAUGAUGUUUUUUCGAUUUCAUUUUUUGAUGUUUAAGACAUUAUUAAAUACGUGGUUUCACGAUGACGUAAAAUUGAGUCAUUGCCAGUGUAUCUAUGUAACUCAAGAUAUGCGGACGUGUGUUAGUACUAUACAUGUCUUCGUAAUCACGUAAAUUUGAUUUAAAAUAUCGUAAAGGGAAGGGAAUAUUCGUUUUCGUAAAGAUGUGUACGGUGCUUGCAACUUUAACUAGUCAAACAGUAUUUAUCCCACGAGAAAUUAUGUAUUUUAGUAGAAAUAUAUCGCGAUUUUAUCACAGUCGUCAAAAAUUGUGUUGCGUGGAUAAUUUUCUGUUAGGAAAGCAUUCUUUAUUUUCGUUUCUUGUUGAUACGUGGAGUAUACCGAGGACAUGUUAUAGCGCGGGAAGCAAAAUAAAUUUUCCUGAAUCCUUAACGAAGGAAAAGGCGAAAGAAGUAGCCUCUAAGCUUACCUCGGAAGAACGAGAUCUUUUUUUAAAAGUUCUUGAAGAAUGUAAAUCGGAAGAGGAUAGAGCUGGAUAUCAAGACCAAUUAGCUGCUUUUCGAUGGUGUAAUAAACUUGGACGGCCUAGCAAAAUAUCAUUAGGGGAUAUGGAUCCUACAGGCACUUAUUGUCCUGUACCAGAAGAUUGGUUUAUGCGCAAUAUAAAAAAUUUUCUUCCAUUGCAUUCACAUGGACAUCAAUUUACAACUACAGAGCCACACUUAGCUGAAAUUGUUCCAGAACCAACUACAAAAGAUCUAGUAUUAGUUGCAAUUUCAAAUGCAAUUCCAUUUAUUGGCUUUGGCUUUCUUGACAACUUCAUCAUGAUUGUUGCUGGUGAUCAAAUUGAAAUAAUAUUGAAUAAAAAAUUUCCAAUAUCGACUAUGGCAGCUGCCGCGUUAGGAAAUACGAUAUCUGAUAUAAUAGGAAUUGGGUCUGUACAUUAUGUAGAACGUUUUGCUCAAAGUGUUGGUUUUAAAGCACCAAAACUUACUCCCAUGCAGUUAAAUCUACAUAGAACAAAAGCAGCCGCUAAUUUGGGACGUGUUAUUGGAGUUACAAUUGGCUGCAUUAUCGGGAUGACACCUAUUCCUAUUUUUUCCUACUUUCAUAACGGUGGUUGAUAUUAUAAAUAUUAAACGCUUAAAAACUUUUAUCAUUAUUACAAUAUUUACUUUUUAUAGUAAAUUGACGUACAAUAGUAGAGAAAAAGUUAUCAACCUACGAUAUAUUCAAGACCAAGUUUCGUAAUUAAUUGCAACAUUAAUUUAUGACAAUCAUAGCAUUUAUGUAAUAUUGUGUAAUUUCUGUACAAUGAAUGUAUUUAAUGUAUAAAGAAAUUGUAAAUGUAUUGUCAAAACCGUAUAAAUAGUAGUAGUAACAGAUA